CGUCUAUCCUUUUCCCUUUGUUUCCUCACCAUUUGGCGUUUGCUGAUGGGCUGCUCGGUGCCAACCGGCAAUACGCCGCCAUCGGCAUCGAUUCUGACAUCAUCUUAGCCAGUCCCUGCCCCACUCCGAUGGAUGCCGUGGUGUUUGGGUGGCUGGUGGUGCAAGAUUCCUGAUCGAAGGACUGAUACUUUGAAGGUGGGGGCGGACAAUGGAGAAAAGGCGGAGAAAAGGCGGAGAAAAGGAGCGCAUUCAUGUCGUAUUCUCGUUUGUUUCUGCAGAUCUGACCAGCAAUACCCGAGGAAUCGUCCCAUCUCGGUGCCGGUUGGGCUCCUGUGGCGAACGACCAUGGCGACAGAUACGAUGUGGCUCAUUCACUCGGCUUUAUUGGGGGCGGAGGUCUCCUUUCUAUAUGCCAACUUCAUGGUGAGUGCACUGUUGGGUCAGUACAGUAAUGUGAGAUGAGCUGGAGAACCACCCGACCCACCACACAAAGCGAAGGCCCAUCGCAUCAUCAUACAAACAUGUGUUUUGUUGUUCUUGUGUGGUGUGGUGUGGUAUCUGUCUGCAGAUAUACAACUAUUCGGCGGCGUUGGUGACUGCAGCUGCGUUGGCUGCGGCCCUGCUAGCGUCGUGCAGCCGCCGCACCCGCACUCAGCUCGCCAAUGCCGCCGUGCAGCUCUUCCUAGCGGGCGUCCUCAUUGCGGGCGUCGCAGCAUCAUUCGACACAUACACGUGAGCCGGGCAAAGGAAGUGGGGGAGGGAGACAGUACAGAAGAUGCAUGGCGGGGCGGGAUGGAUCGAAUGCGUUGUGUGUGCAUUGAUUGCAUCGUAUGGUGUGGUAUGGUUUCAGUGAGUAUGGCGAUUCCGGAGGUCAUUUGUUGCUCGGUGUGGGCCAGAUCAUCAUGUCGUUCUCGUGGGCCAUCCUCUCCCUCCUCAUCGCCUGCAACAUCUCGCCCCUCGCAUCCAUCGCACGAGAAUACGCGGGAGACCGAGCCGGCGUCAAGGGCACACUCGAGUUCGUCCCCCUCGCCCUCGAGGCCACCCGACACAGCCCAUACCUCACCAACCAGAGCCUCACACAACUACACCUCUCCCGACAGAGCACCGCACUCAGUGCUGCGGGCGCCCAUCUGGCACACGAAGCAGCGAGGCAGCCUCUGCGGACGCAGCAGUCCAUUCCCAGAGUUGGCUUGGAGCGCCCUAUGAGCGGCUCGGCCGUCGGCCUUGGUGCGCUGUCCCGGUCUGGCACGCUGGAGCGGCAGAUGGAGAUGCUCUCUCCCCGCUAUGCAGACAUCCCUCCCGAGGCCAUCGGCCGCACCGCAUACGAGCCCACCCCAGAGUGGGCCCUGCCGCCCGGCAGAGGCGGCAUCCGCUACGUCAAGUCGGUGCCACGCUCGUACGCCUAUGGCCCCCCACCGCCACCGGCUCCCCAGCCGCAGCCCCACCCCCAGCAGCAGCAGCAGCAGCCUCCCGACGCACAUGGCGCACUGUCGAGUGACCUGAGAAAGGCCGCGGGGUCGGGAGUGGGUAGCUUCGGUGACCUGGAGAGGAUCGAGGAAGAGGGUCAGUACGAGGCAGGUCCUACCCCUGCUGCCCAUGCGGCCAAGUCGCCCGAGUUCUUCUCGCCCAUGACGGUGCCUCAGCCGGAGAGCCGACUGAUGCGUGAGCAGCCCACCGUGCCGGAGCCAUUCGUCACCCCCACCAAGGAGGAGCCCAAGGAGGAGGCCACAGAGGAAGAGAAAUCACCGUCGCCCGACACCGAGGACCCCGACCUGAUGGCGGCCAUCCGGGCCAGCCUCGAGGACGUCAGCCCGCCGUCUCCCUCAUCCGCGCGUCAGUUCCUGCAGCAGCAGUACGGUGGCAGCGAGGGCGGCGAGUCGGCACACACGCCCCCCUCCCUCCCGCGAUGUGACGCCGUCCCGCCCCGAUUCCGCGCCGGAGGGGACAAGAGAGAGGUGGGGGACGCCAAGGAGGGGGACCGACAGGUGGAGGACAGAGACAUCAGCCAGAAAGGCGAGAAGGAGGGCGGCGGCAUGGAGACGGCUGACCGCGCAGCGUUGAUGAACCAGGUGUUGUUCGGCAGCCGUCAUGGCGAGGCGGCCCAGCAGCAGCAUGGUGUGGGUGUGGGGGAGGUCUUUCACCGCUCCCGGCUGGACCACCUCACCCCGAUAGCGACAGACGGGUGGGAGACGGAGAAGGGCGACGGCGCGAGUGAGAGCAAGAGCGUCACUGCCCUCUUGGCGGGACACGACCUCGCUGCCCACGGACACGCCAAGGCCAUGCAGAACCUCCUCACAUCCAUGGACGGCAAGCGCAGGAGCCGACGCAAGACGGCCGGCAAUGGCAGCGGCAUGCAGACGACCACCACCACCACCACCACUGGCAGUGGGCGUCGUCUGCUGCGCCGUAGCUUCGGUCACCUGAGCAGCUGGUUCUCUCGGUCGACGUCCAUCAGCACAGACGUGCCGUCGUCGAUGGCGGCCAGCGACGAGGAGAGGGGGGACCGCCAGAAGCAACCACACAAGGGCGGCCUCGCACCGGUGCCCGAGACCGCACCCAACCAGCGCGAUGACGACCAUGAUGAUCAACAUGUCCGUGUGCGUGAGGGUGAGGGUGUGGAGGGAGGGGACGGUGAAGGGGCCAAGGCGAUGAGCGAUAGCGAGAUGACACCUCGUGGGCGCAGGGCGGGCAACGUGACGCCGUCCAAGCAUGGGGGCAAGGACGGUGCAGACGGGGAGAAGGUCUCCACGACGGAGCACGACGCAGACGAUGAGUAUGGAGUGCUGGGCGGGUACUGGAGGUGAGCUACCACGGCGCAUUGACACACACACAACGGCACCGUCCAGCUGAUUCAUGAUGUGUGUGUCUGUGUGUCCUUCCUUGUGUCAUUCAGUGAGGGUGGCGUCACACCAAUCAUGAAGGGCCGCACGCUGGCGUCUCUGGCCCAGGCCAUCCGCCCCCUCCCCCCUCCCCUCUCACUCGACAACAACAACAACACCAACCACAGCAUACAGCCCAACCAGCCCCCCGACCACCGUACACCUACACCCGAGCACUACCACACGCACUCCGACGACUCCGGCGCCAACACGCGCCUCAAGGGCGGACCACGGCCGCCCAGCAGAAACACACCCUCAUUUGGCAUUCCGCUCGACAACAAGGAGGGAGAGGGGAAUGGGGAUGGCGAGGGCGAGGGCAUUCGUCUGCCCGCUGCGCCAGCAGCAGUAGCUGUCGUCGAGCAUCUGGGUGCGAGUGGUGUCAAAGACGACCACCGAGUGGAGGGGCGGGAGGUGGAGGAGAGUAGUGGGGUGGUUGGGAGCGGUGGAGGGGGUGGGGUGGUGCAGCAGACUGUCAUCAAAGUAGGAGAGGAGAAGAAGAACCUUGUCGAUUGGUACGCAUCGCAAGCAGCGAGACAGAUAAUGCAAUGCAGAAGACAGACCAGACAGCCAACUGCCCUGCCCACAUCUGUUCAUAUGUGCUGUGUUGGCGUCGUGUCUGUCUGCCUGCUUCCCUUGCCCCCAGGGGUAGCAUCCGUCCGCCACCCAACUACACCGCCCACCCCAAGGUGCCCAGGCUGCCUCUGCAUUCCCCCUCUGUGCCCGUAUUCCCCCGACCAGCAGCCCGCACCGGUCGCUCCAUCGACGCGCUGGACGCAUCCAACGACGACAUCAUGUGCCACGUGCCGCCGACGCCCCGCAGCCGGGACCCAUCGCCCAUCCGUCAGAGGCCCUCGCCCAAGCUCGACAUUCGGGCCAACAGCGUGCUGCCCAGAGUGAAUGCCUAUACUGCUGGUGGUGUGACGGCGGCAGCUGACGUGGUGCAGGGGGACGCCGGUGUGGGUGUGGGUGUGGGUGUGGUUGAGGCUGCGGGGCGGGAGGUGGGUGUGGGUAUGGGAGUGGGAGUGGGUGUGGGUGAGUCUCGCGGCGUGGUGGAGCGGCCGCCCUCUGUGGGUGUUGCGUCGUUUGUGCAGAAGUUCGAGGCCAUCAGCAAGCUUAACAAACCAGACAAAGACAAGGAUAGCAACGGUGAGUGAGUGCUCGGCGGUUGCCAGGCUGGAUGGAUGCACACAUGUCUCCUUCUGUUGUGCAGGUCGUGUCGGUGGUGCCAAUCGCCCCUCAUUCGGGCGUCGCGGCAGCUCGUUCGGAGGCGGCCCCAAGAUUGGCGGGGGCCUGCGUGGGUGGCUCCCAUUCACCACAUCUCACGACGCAUCGGCAGGAGCGGCACAGAAGACCGCUAAUGCCAACAACCAAAACGCAGCAGCAGCAGCAGCAGCAGCCGAUAUCGGCGAUUUGGAGGAGGGGCGUAUGCAGCAACGGCAGCAGCACGACAGUGCAGUAGCAGCAGUAGCAGCAGGAGGAGGGUCGGUGGGUGAGAAGGAGGGAGGCACUAAGGUGGUGGAGGGGGACGAGACUGUGUAGGCAGUGAGAGGGAGGGGGGAGCGGCCGGGGGACGGACUGGUUCGUACGUGCACGUGCAUCAUGAUGUGUGUGAAUGAGGGAGGGAGGAGAGGGAGGGAGUGGGGGCGGGCGGGCCGCAGAGAGAUAGAUAGAUAGAUAGAUAAGAUACAAAACAACCUGCCUGACUGACGACAGACAGACACGCCAGAUGGAUGGAUGGAUGGAUAGCUUCGGUGGGCUGCGUGCGGACUUGUCAUGUGUGUGUGUGUGUGUGUGUGUGCAUGUGUGUGUAAGUGCGUCACGUGUGUGGGGACUUUUCUGUGUCCAGCCAGCCCAGCCUUCUUUCUUUUGGUGCGCGCGCCUAGCUACAGACUGAUGAGACCAAAAUGGAUGGGUG